AUGACUCUGAACACGCAGCCAGGGGGCAAGAGCCCUGUGCGGAGACGGGCCAGCACCCCGGUGGUGUAUGAACGCACCCUGUCGGUGGACGGGGAGGAGACCACGCUGCUGGUGAUGGACCCCUGGGAAACGGAGAAGCGGAAACGCCGGGACAUCUGGCUUGUUUCAGAGGUGGUGUAUGAACGCACCCUGUCGGUGGACGGGGAGGAGACCACGCUGCUGGUGAUGGACCCCUGGGAAACGGAGAAGCGGGAGGAGGAGAGCCAGCCCGGCUGCUCCUGCCUGCAGGUGGGGAACGCCUACGUCCUCGUCUACUCCGUCACCGACCGGGGCAGUUUCGAGAGCGCCUCAGAGCUGAGAAUCCAGCUGCGCCGGGUCCGGCAGGCCGAGAACAUCCCCAUCAUCCUGGUGGGGAACAAGAAGGACCUGGUGCGGUGCCGGGAGGUCUCGGUGGAAGAGGGCCGGGCCUGCGCCGUGGUCUUCGACUGCAAGUUCAUCGAGACGUCCGCCGCCCUGCAGCACAACGUGGCGGAGCUCUUCGAGGGCGUGGUGCGCCAGCUCCGCCUGCGCCGGGACGGCACGGAGGCCAGCGCCCGGCGCCAGGCCGCCUACAAG